CCUCCCGCUGCUUUGGCCGCCGCGCGUGCGCGCCUGCGUUGGCCCAAGACGUGGAGCAGCCAUGAUGGAAGGCCUGGACGAUGGCCCCGACUUCCUCUCGGAGGAAGACCGAGGACUUAAAGCAAUAAAUGUAGAUCUUCAAAGUGAUGCAGCUCUGCAGGUGGACAUUUCUGAUGCUCUGAGUGAGAGGGACAAAGUAAAAUUCACUGUCCAUACAAAGAGUUCGUUGCCCAAUUUUAAACAAAAUGAGUUUUCUGUUGUUCGACAACAUGAGGAAUUUAUCUGGCUUCAUGAUUCCUUCGUUGAAAAUGAAGACUAUGCAGGUUAUAUCAUUCCACCAGCACCACCAAGGCCUGAUUUUGAUGCUUCGAGAGAAAAGCUACAGAAGCUUGGAGAAGGGGAAGGGUCAAUGACAAAGGAAGAAUUCACAAAGAUGAAACAGGAACUGGAAGCUGAGUAUUUGGCAAUAUUCAAGAAGACAGUGGCGAUGCAUGAAGUGUUCCUGUGUCGUGUGGCAGCUCAUCCUAUUUUGAGGAAAGAUUUAAAUUUCCAUGUCUUCUUAGAAUAUAAUCAAGAUUUGAGUGUUCGAGGAAAAAAUAAAAAAGAGAAACUUGAAGAUUUCUUUAAAAACAUGGUCAAAUCAGCAGAUGGAGUCAUUGUUUCAGGAGUAAAGGAUGUAGAUGAUUUCUUUGAGCAUGAACGAACAUUCCUUUUAGAAUAUCAUAACCGAGUUAAGGAUGCAUCUGCUAAAUCUGACAGGAUGACAAGAUCCCACAAAAGUGCUGCAGAUGAUUACAAUAGAAUUGGAUCUUCGUUAUAUGCUUUAGGAACUCAGGAUUCUACAGAUAUAUGCAAGUUUUUCCUUAAAGUUUCAGAACUGUUUGAUAAAACAAGAAAAAUAGAAGCACGAGUAUCUGCUGAUGAAGACCUCAAACUCUCUGAUCUUUUAAAAUAUUACUUAAGAGAAUCUCAAGCAGCUAAGGAUCUCCUCUACCGAAGAUCUCGGUCACUAGUAGAUUAUGAAAAUGCUAAUAAAGCGCUGGAUAAAGCAAGGGCAAAGAAUAAAGAUGUUCUGCAGGCUGAAACUUCCCAACAACUAUGUUGUCAGAAGUUUGAAAAAAUAUCUGAAUCUGCAAAACAAGAACUUAUAGAUUUUAAGACAAGAAGAGUUGCUGCAUUCAGAAAAAAUUUAGUGGAACUUGCAGAAUUAGAACUGAAACAUGCAAAGGGUAACCUCCAGUUGCUGCAGAACUGCCUGGCAGUGUUGAAUGGAGACACAUAAGCCACUUUCAGUACCUGAUAAAAAGGGCUGCCUUCCUUCAGAUAUUUUUUUUUGUUUUUCUAAUGACAUUAAGCAUUUCUGCUCACCGGAAGUAAAGCUGACGAAGUGCAUCUCCUCCCCACCCCCCCCCAGAAGCAGCCGACAGCGCUUCGCACAGGCAGCACCAGUCUGUGACAUCCCUCGAGCUGCAUCCCUGGACAGCGUCCGUCACCUGCACCCAUCCAACUUGGAAGCCCAGAGUCCAGUCUUUUUUUUUUUUUUCUUUUUGGUACCGGGGAUUGAACUCUGGUCCUUGCGCUUGCGCAGCAGGCUGUGAAACCACUGAGCUAAAUCCCUGGCCCUAGUCUUUUUUUAAGUAGCCUUGAUAACUGGGUUUAUUUUAUAAAUAGUAUUCUUUAUGGCUGCCAAUCUUACUUACCUUUAAAUAAUUUCUGAAGUUUAACCUUUUCAAAAUACAUUGUUCCAACAAGGUAAAGAUGGCCCUUUCUUGAUUUUGUAAUUUUAUUUUUAAAAAGUAUUGUACUGUAUACUCUUCAUUCAUGUAUCUUUGUAAAGCAUCUUAAUCAGACUUACUUUUAAUUAGCAUGAAAGUUUUGGGCCAGACUUUAUGUAAUCUUUCUAAGUAUGAUUUCUGAAGAAAAGCAAAUGCAUUAGUAUGUUUGCCUUAAACUUGUAGACUAAACCAAUUAUUGUAAAGUAACCAGAGAUAACAGUGAUAGUUUUAAACUCUGAGGUCAUGUAUCACUCUAAAAUUUGGAGUAGCUGUAAUAAAUCUACUCCGUUGUUAUGCUUUACA